CACCUGGAAUGUGGGCCAAACUCGGAUCUCAAGGUGCAGUCAUAUGACUCCCAGAUGGCCAGAUGAGACUCAACGGGGCUGCAAACGGUUCGCUGAAACUCAUUCAACAAGUUUUGUGAUCUUGAGUCGACUCCUGUUGGCAGAGCUCGGUCCUGUCCUGGCUGCUCUCAGCUCCAUAUGGCUUUCGGGAAGAGACGCGCUGUAUAAGGAGCAGUGGGGAGUGUGCAGCAGGAUGACAGUGUGCUGAGGCUCCGUGGAUGCAACAAACUAACACUACUCCUUCACCUGUGCGUGCGCGCUGUGAUCGCCAGGACUGCGGGCAGAGAUGGAGGAUGUGGAUCACGGGUGUCCGCGGCAGGCAGCGGGAGAGGAGACGAGAUCACCGGACAGUCAGCAGGCAGAUGUCCGCUGUCGGGGAGGAGUAGCAGCUCUCAGCUCUCCUGCUCUGUCCACAGCACGUCUCACCUUACCUGGAGUCAUGGACGCUGAGGGCAGGGUGGACGAGUCAAGACUGAGGAUGCAUAUUUUCAAAAACGGUGGUGUGUGUCCCUCUGAGCGUGGCCUGGUGUGGCGUUUCCUGUUUGGGAUGUACCCAUGCAGCUCUACAGCAUUAGAGCGCUCUCUGCUGCAGGAGCAGAUGGUCAUACGUUACCGGGUCAUGAAGAGAAAAUGGCAGCAGUUCCUUCCCUCGGCAGUGCGGAUGCACCUCAAUGGCACUGAUGCUGAGUUGGUUGCAGCAGUCAGGUACUUUGACCAGAGGCAGGCACAGGCCCAGCAACAGACCCAGGAUCAGUCUGAGGAGGUCAGAGACAGACUGGGGUUCUUGGAGCUUCAGGCACAGAUAUUGUUUGAGCGGGUCACGUUCGACCAAGAGGAGCUGCGGGAAGCCACAAGAAUCAUUGACAAGGAUGUGCCUAGAACUAACAGAGACCUGAGCUAUUACCAGGAUGAAGGUUCGGGCAAUCUGCUGGUGUUGAGAGAUAUCCUCAUCACUUACGCUGCUUUUCAUCCAGAGGUCAGUUAUGCCCAAGGAAUGAAUGACCUGUGCAGCCGGUUCCUGGAGGUUCUCGACUCGGAGGUCGACACCUUCUGGAGUUUCUCCUGCUACAUGGAGAAGUUCUCUAAGGACUUCAGGGCUGAUGGUCUGCACAGAAAAAUAGAGUUGGAGGCUGCCCUAUUGAAGGAACUGGACCCUCAGCUGUAUGCUCAUUUGGUCACAGACAGCAUGGAGAGCUUCACCUUCUGCCACAGGUGGCUGCUGCUGGGUUUCCAGAGGGAGUUUGAACACAGCGACGCACUACGUUUGUUCGAGAUCCUGAGCUGCGACCACCUGGAGCUUAUCUCCCAGCAAGUAGACCGAGCCCGUUAUCAGGAACGGCUGGCACAGCACUCCAGCACAGAGGACAGUUCGGAGUCAGAGCUGCAGGCCAUCAACACUGACUUCACCUUUGAGCUCUUCAUCUGCGCAGCCAUCCUGUUAGAGAACAGAGAGUCUCUGCUGCGGUGCCGAGAUGACGUACAGCUCAUCCAGUUUACCAGCAGCCUUCAGGGAACGUUGGACCUGAACAGCACACUGAAGAAAGCAGAGCACCAUCUGUACAACUACUGCAAGCGCUGUGCCUGGGACUAUAUGAAUGGGCGCUGCAGAGCACACAAGAGCAAAGGAGAGGACUUUCUUUAUCAACUCCGUAGUUUACUUGUUUUAAAGUGAUAGCUGCUAUUUAAUUGUCAAAGAUUGCAAUGAAACUGAAAUGUUUUUUUAACAAGGGACAUAUAUAAUCCCUGUUUGGAGUUGUGAUGGCACAUAUUCUUUGUCUUAGUUUUUAUUUCUGAGGGAAACACACUGACGGCUGCUUACCUUAAAUUUGAUCUGCUGUGUAUUAUAAAUGUAAAAUAUUUAUUGUAAGACAGUUGACCGACACCAACUGUGAGUUAUUUUUGGUUGCUCUCCUGGACUGCCCUGAAUACGAAAAGCUUAAGCUCAUGGACAUGAAAAUCCACGCUCUAAAGGACUUAUUCUCCUGGGUUAUGCAAUAUCCAACUGCUACGAGAAAACAACUACUCAACAGGCGUGUGUGAAGAUCUGGUGUGUCGCAACAGGUGGUGUCUUUAACAAACCGCAGUUAUAUUUAAUGCCAGAUGGCCUAUGUGGCAGAGAGGCCUAUGCAACAAGAACAGACAUCCAGGACUUGAGCUCUGGCAGAGGCACCGUACCAUAAGGGGAAGGAAAACCUGCGGUGUCUUUAUAGAGAACAAAACACACACACAAUAUUGAUGACAUUAAAUGAUACCUCAAUAAAACUACU